AUGAAUAAAGAUAUUACUUACGAAGUUUAUGAUAACUUUCUUGAUAAAGCUGUUACUUACGUAAACACUGAAAUUAACAAUGAAGCAAUAGAAAGAUACACAGCAAUGUGUGAUCGAGUAAAAGCACCAUAUUUCAAUGAAGCAAAUGCAGAAUUUAUGAAAAUGUAUUUGUAUAAAUUUGCUUUAACAAAUUCUUGCCUAAUAAUUCGAAUACGUCUACAAUCGCUCCAGAUCAAACAAUUGGUACAAUAUAUUAUGGAAUUUAUGGAAAAGAUAUUUUUCCAAACGAUUGGAACCCCUACCGGAAAUGAAGAGGGAGGAGAUGCGUUUACUAUUCGAGGUCUUGAUGAGAAGUAUAAUUAUGUAGUUGGUGUGAAUGUUCAUUAUCGUGAACGAGUUGUUAGUGGCAUUCAAUUCGUUAUGUCAGAUGGUCAAAAGACUCAAAAUUUUGGAAAUGGAGAAGCAAAUCAAAAAAUAAUAGAAGCCAUUUGUGGUCCUAUAGGUUAUAAUAACGAUUUCAAAUUUGAAUCAAAAGCUACUGAGCAUUAUAAUCUUUGUGUUG